ACAGUGGACUUCCUACUAGGGCACACCGCCUCAGUGCUAACAGUAUCACUCUGGUUCAUAAGCACACGAUUACUGCAUACAUAAGCUGUGGGAUCAGCAGAGGCAUUCAGGGCAGUAAGAGGGAAAUAAAUUAGGUUACUUACAUUGUGUCUUCCAACGCCCCUGGGAUAAUGUACAUUUGCUGUAGCAUUAUGACAACUAUUCUCGAAGCCAGUUAUGGAGGGCUAAAAGUCUGCUGAACCAUUCAAUGCCACGAUUUAGGCAGCGAGACAGAUAUUAUGGGCCAUUUGUUGGUGUCAAGUAGUGGCCCAAUCAGUUCUUUAAAAUCAAUUUUCAGCUGUUCUGAGCUGCCCUUCAUAAUGUCAUUGAAUCCCACGGGAACUAUGAUAGACUCAAUUUCCUGACGCUGGUUUAAAUUGUUUGGGAGCAGCUUAUUGAUGUCCUGUACUCAUGCUAUGGAUAGCACAACGUGUUUGCUCCAGGGACUGAGACAUUAAACUGCCCAAUACAAUGGCCGGAGAAGGGAAUGGUGAAAUCUGCACAUUCCCACCCAUCACACAAUUCGGCUUGGUGGAUGAGUCUGGUGACAGCUCAGACUACGAGCCAUUGGUUAAGAUGAUCAGGAAGCCUCCAACAGACUGCCAGCUGAGCGAGAGAGUGAAGACACUGCUGAAAUACACACACCUGGCGGAUGUGACAAUGAAGCAAAUCUACAAUAGAGUGUUUGAGAUGUGCCCCCGGUAUGACCUGUCUAACAAGAAGGACAUCAUCAAGCAGACAGUGAAAGAGGGGAUUUCUUUACAACCCAGGGUUUUAAUCAAGCCAUAUUCAUAGCUUUGACAGAUAACAUUAUAAUCAAUGAUCUCAGGAAAACAUAGUUGAUAUCGUGACAAAGACUCUGGGAUUCCUGUAUAUGCCUUUCCUGGACCUUUCAUUGAUAUUUUUUACAUACAUGUUCAGACUGUUUAAAUACUAUACAAUUUCAUACAAUUUAUUUGUUUUACUUGCCUAAGUUUUGUAAAUCAAGUAUUUAUUGUAGUGUACUGAUUUGGUUUAUGGUGCUCCUCUACUGUACAGUGUACACACAUUGCAUUAUUUAUAAGCACUACCCAAAUAAGAUUUAGAGAAAUCCCCACAGAGUGAAUUUUCAUUGUGAUCCACAGAAUGUUAUAGAUGUUUACUAAUCAACUGGAAAAGACACCUUUCGAGACUCAA